CGACUAGAAAUGUCAAUCAGAGCAAGGAGUCCCAAUAAUCUAAGGCAAUCUGUAAGGACCUGACCUUAGUCCAUCCAGAUCAAUAGGGAAGUGAGGGAGGAAGGCGCAAUCGGAUCGUUUACACUGGCUGUUUCUGAGGAAAUAUAGACUUCCCUUACACUUUGUUGUACUCACUGUAAAGUGGAUAUCUCAGUACGCACCGCGAGGGCGAUUCCCUGCUUUUUGUGAUUGCAGCAGAUUUUUUUCUACGACCAUGUCUUUCCCGCAGCUGGGAUAUCAGUACAUCCGACCGAUAUACCCACCGGAGCGCCAGGGGAUCAGCAAUGCCCGAGCCGGGACGGAGCUGAGUCCGUCCGGGGCACUCUCAAAUGUUCUCUCAACUAUGUAUGGAUCACCUUUCGCCGCUGCAGCACAGGGCUAUGGAGCAUUUCUGCCCUAUUCAAACGAUAUAUCAAUUUUCAAUCAAUUGGGUGCUCAGUAUGAGUUGAAAGACAGCCCAGGAGUCCAAGGACACCCAGGAUUUGCCCACCAUCAUCCAGCUUUUUACCCAUAUGGCCAGUAUCAGUUUGGUGACCCGUCCAGACCCAAAAAUGCGACCAGGGAGAGCACGAGCACACUGAAGGCCUGGCUUAGCGAGCACCGUAAGAACCCCUACCCCACCAAGGGCGAGAAAAUCAUGCUGGCCAUCAUCACUAAAAUGACCCUCACCCAAGUGUCCACUUGGUUCGCGAACGCCAGAAGGAGGCUAAAGAAGGAGAACAAGAUGACCUGGACUCCACGGAGCCGCACGGACGAAGAGGGGAAUGUUUACAACAGUGAUCAUGAGGAGGGAGAGGAAGGGGACAAGAGAGAGGAUGAGGAAGAGAUCGAUUUAGAAAAUAUCGACACGGAAAAUAUAGAGAAUAAGGACGACUUGGAUGAUCAGGACGACCUACAUGCUGAUUUAAAAUUAGAUGGUAGAAGCGACUCUGAAAUUUCAGACGGCUAUGAGGAUUUACAAGGGCCGGAUCAGAGGUUUCUAAAGGCUGUAGUGAAAGAGGGCAAAGAAAUUCACGUGGACCGGGGCGAGCACUUCCACCACCACCAUCAUCACUCGUUUGAAAUUAAAGCGUCACAACCAAACGGCGAACAACUGAAAUUGAACCCGGUGUCCAUCAACUCGCCCCCGUCAGAGAAUAACGCGGCCCCGACCCAAAAGCCAAAGAUUUGGUCUUUGGCGGAGACAGCAACAACCCCAGACAAUCCCCGCAAAUCUCCACAAAUGAAUGGCAGUAACACAGCUGGGCCCGCAACCCAGACCAUCAUCAGUCCUCAUCAUAGACUUAUCUCUUGUCCUGUUGGGAAAAUCCAGAACUGGACAAACCGAGCUUUUUCUGCCCACCAGCUCGCAUUACUGAACUCUAAUCAUUACCUUGGACUGGCGAACCAGGCUUCGGCAAACGGCCUCGCCCUCUACAGCAGGCAACAACACCAACACAUCCAAGAGGAUAAGAGUCAUAGCUCAGACACAGCGGUCACAGAGAGAUCUAGUGCCUUGGAAGCAGAGAAAAAGUUGUUAAAAACAGCCUUCCAUCCAGUUCACAGACGGCCUCAGAACCAACUCGAAGCAGCCAUGGUUUUAUCGGCUCUCUCCUCCUCCUAGAAUUUGUUUUUCACUUGUUAUUUUUUAAUUUUAAUCUGUUGUAAGGAAUGUAAAAUAAGAAUAAUACAUCUGUGUAUACUUACCUUGUAAGCAUGUCUUGUGUAAACCUGCUAAUGUAAUAAUGUAUGAACCAGUAGUCUGUGAGUUUUUUUUUUUUUUUUUUUCAUUUUGUAAGUUCUGUGAGAAUUUGAUGUUAAAAAUGUUUUGUAUAUAAAGAUAAGAAAAUGUACAUACUUGUGAACCAAAUUGUACAAGAAAGUCUAUAUUUUGGCUAAUAAAUGAACUGCUGCAACUUUA